AUGUCCCCAUUUGCUAGUGGGAGUCGCUGCCUUUUAUGGCUAUUACCACUCGUUAUAUGUACUACUACUAUAUUGGCCGACACCAGCACCUCAUAUCGCCCCGGCCUCUUUGCCCCCCUUGAAAUCGAUGCGAUACGUCAAGAAUAUCUAAGUUUAGAAAAGUCGCUAUGGCAACAUUUGGAUCGUUCUACGAAUAAUCGUAAUGCCGAACAACAGCUGCGUAAAAUUAUCGAUUCACAUCGUCGUUUUGUGCAGCAGCAUAUGGGCCAGGGUACCGAAUGGCAGGAGGGCAAAUAUGAUAUCUUAAAUCACUAUGAAUGGAGUAUUUUGGAACGUGAUUUAAUACAAAUCGAUAAUUUAUUUGGUGUCUUUGCCGCGUAUUUACGUUCGCAUCAUAACAGUGCAGCGGAUUUGGAAGAGCAACAGCUGAUGGAUGUGACGGAGAGUGUUUUGCGUAACGACAAGACAUUUUCAAUGGCACGAAUUCUGCAGGAUAUUGAAUUGAUAAUGGUCAAACAGACAAUGUAUUAUCGGGCAAUGAUGGCCUCCAAAGAGGAAAGAUGUCUGAAUCAACAAUCCACACAGCAAUUUUUGUAUUCUCUCUAUACGGAUAUUGCAUUGACAGAACUUAAAGGUUAUACAAUGAUGGAAUUUUCAUGGAUGAUUUUGAGGGUGUACGGAAAAGGCAACUUCACCCAAGAAGCCGAACUAAUGCGUAGCGAUUUUGAAAAACGUACCCAAAAAACCGUACGCCUAUUGCGUGAAGUUAUGAAUCGUGCCGAUCGCAUUGUGUGGCGUUGUGAUCCCGAAAAAUAUGUCCAAGGCAAGACAUAUGAUGAAGUCACCCGACUACUACAGGGUUAUAUUGAAAAUGAAGUGGAUAUGAAUUAUAAUCGUGAAUGUUGGCAAACGUGUGAAGAUUAUAGCAGCACGAAAAAUGAAGGUUGCUUUAAGGAUAAAUUCUGUGCGCGGCAGGAACGUUGUACGGGUAAUAUACACAGUUGUAGACGUUUUGAUUCGGAUAUGAUGAUAUGUCCAUCGCCUCGCGAUAGCCAUAAACGUUAUGAAUUUAUUGAAUAUGAAAAUGGUGUAACAUUGGGCAAAGUUGGUCAAUGUUCGAGAGGUAAAACACCGGUUGACUCAUGGUGGCGUUAUCUAUUCUGGCAUUGUACCUAUUGUUUCUGUUUGUGUGACGAUCAAUAUAGUUCGAAAACGGAUCGUUAUUUCAAUUUACGUGAAACGUUGGCCAAUGUUGAAGAAAAUAAGGUCCUAACCGGCUUACGUUUCGUCAAGGUUAAUCGUAUAUUCCAUUUACAAAUACAACAAGGUGACCUAUUGCCACGUGGUAAAAUUAAUGCCAGCACCUUGGAAUGGUUGCCGGUAGAUAAUUAUACAUUGAAUGCCCGGAAUGUCCAUAAUAAUCGUGAUUACUAUACUUUGAGUUAUGGUGCUCGAUCCAUUGAUUUGGAUGAUGUCCACACCGAGGAUAAUAGUUUUGUUGUUACGGGUGUACGAUUCCGUGUUGUUGGCGCCCAUUUGAAUUUGGAAGCCCGCCUAAGUGAAUUUAAUUUUGAAACGGGGAAAUUGGUUAAUCCCAUGGUGAAUAGUUUUUGGAAAUCUAACGAUAAUACCGAUGUUAGUGGGGAUAGAAGACAAAAAGUGGAGAUGAUCAGUCCCGAUGUACCAACCCGAACAAAGGCCAAAUCUGUACCCGAUUCACGUCACAAUCAAUAUAUCGAGUUUACCGCAUCGGAUGUCUACAAGGAUGCCUCACAGUCGACGGUGCCGUUUAUUGAUACCCAACAUGUUGUGUCUAUGCCCCCCGUGCCAUUGGCCGGUGUUGGUAUAUAUCAUAAGGGUCGCCCCGGUUAUGGUGGUUUCAUUGCACCUAAACUGAUGACCUAUGAUUUUACACCACACAUUCAAGCACCUCGUAGAACUUAAGUU